GAUUGUCAAUCACCUUAAAGUCAACAAGCCAAUAACAACAAACCGACUCUCUGUGACCUCACCGUGCCGAUGGAGAAUGAUUCUGAAGAGGCAGGCGGUGGAGGCAGCCCGCAUGAAUCUGCCGGUUGUACUAUUGCUCCGUCGCUGCAGUCAUGCUCUAUUCUUGGAAUGGACUUCUCUCUUUCGAAGAGCAGCCCGGUCAAUGUUCUGUCAUACUUCCCUGAUGAACCGCUCCUGAGUCACGGUUGUCAUGGCAUAUGUCAAUGUGUGCGACUCUUCCCCCCCGUGCCCUGGUCAAGUUCCCUCGAUUCCGCCCCGCCGUCAUUCUUUCUUCACGAACUUAUAGCGCUGCCCAUUCUACCCCUCUAACACGCCUCCAUCCUCAAUCCUCUACCCCCAACUUAUAUCCUCGGCAACACCUGCACAAGCACAGAGCUGCUCUUUCCAUCUCGUUCAUGAGACGUCCCGAAUCCCGCAGCCCUUCUCACCGACCGGAAAAACGACGGCGCCUGUCUGUGGCUGCCCCGCGCGAGAACACCAUGAGCGAAUCCACCGAUACUCUCCCUGAAAUCCAGUUGACGCCUCUCGAGAAUACUCUCAAAACCCUCCUACUUGAUGUUGCAAAGUAUAUACAUGAACGAAGGUGCGCAGAAGGUUCUCAUGAUGCGAACCCCUCCGGCACUGUCUUGCGAUUCACUGGAGGAUGGGUGCGCGACAAGUUGCUCGGAGUGGACAGCCAAGAUAUCGAUGUUGGCAUCAACAACAUGACUGGAUAUCAGUUUGGGCUCUUGCUGAAAGAGUACAUGGACAUCCCUGGCAACUUGGACAAAUACCGGAAGGAUCAUGCGAGCGGCGAUCUAGGCAAAGAGCUUGUCAGUCUGCAUAAGAUCGAGGCGAAUCCGGAGAAAUCCAAGCACCUAGAAACAGUGACGACGAACAUUUUCGGCUUCGAUGUAGACUUGGUCAACUUGAGGAAAGAGACAUAUACCGCCGAUAGCCGGAACCCUCAGAUGGAGUUCGGAACAGCCGAGGAAGACGCGUUGCGCCGGGACGCCACCAUCAACGCACUUUUCUAUAAUCUCAACGAGUCCAAGGUCGAAGAUUUGACCAGACGCGGUCUUCAGGAUAUGCAGGACCAGAUCAUCCGCACUCCAUUGGAGCCAUAUCAAACAUUCCAGGAUGACCCAUUGCGUGUGCUACGACUAAUCCGUUUCGCGAGCCGCCUGGGAUACCUGAUACACCCUGAAACUGAGGCGGCAAUGCAGAACGCUCAUAUAGGCGAGGCUCUGAAGCUUAAAAUCAGCCGUGAGCGAGUCCUGAAGGAACUUGAAAAGAUGCUUCAUGGACCUGAUCCUCGCGGUGCCCUACAUAUAAUAGAUCGCCUAGGUCUUUAUCCGACUAUCUUCGCUAAUUUCCAGGAUGAUGCCACUGUUGAGACUUCAUCCUGGCAUUUCGCCUACAACACAGUAGAGAGACUGAUACGGCCUACUGAUGUCGACCCUCGACAGACAGUGGAACAAGUUCGGAACUUUCUCAUUCGCGACAAGCAAGAGGAGUUCUACGCCUGGAUGCUCUCAGCAAUGGCUCCGUGGUCAAAGGUCUCAGGCCGCCCCCCAAAAGGCAAAGGGCGGCCACCACCGCCUCGGGCUGCAGAGGUUGCCAAAGAAAGCUUGCGAGCUGACAACAAAGUGAUAUCUGUUGUGGGAGAUGCAGCAGCAAGCUGGCAGUCGAUUAUUGAGGUGAAGAACUCAAUCUUGGAAGGGACUGUGAGUGGAACGGCAAUGGAAGUUCGCAGGCACGUUGGGUUGCACAUUCGUUCUUGGAAAAAGGACUGGAGGCUGUGCAUUGUUCAGGCCAUACUUCAGGAGGUCGUGAGCGGACGCCAGUAUGACCUAGUGGUCGAAGAGUAUGCCAGGUUUAUCGGGUACAUCAAGGAACAAGGCCUGCAAGAUGUAUACGAUCUGAAACCGCUUGUUAAUGGCGAUCAAGUCAUGAAGACCAUGGGUGGUAAGAAGGGACCAUGGCUGGCCAAGGCAUUGCAGAUGGUGGUUGAAUGGCAACUAGUGCAUCCCGAGUCAACCGAUCAAGAGGAAGUCCUGAAAGUCUUAGCUGAUAAAAGACAAGAGCUUGGGAUGGAAGAACUCCGCGCGGCAGCAUGCGAAUCCCUCCCGCGAGGUGAUCUUCAACUCCCAGAGGCUGCGACUGCCCGCUAUACCACCACGGGAGGCUUGAAUCACCUAUGGCAGGAUUGCUUGUCUCAAGCUGAAUCGGACCCGGCCAAACUUCGUGAGAACCUACUGGUGGCCCAAGCAGUCCUGCACAACUGGGCUUCUGAGACGGCGCUUGAAGCCGAUGUAGAGGCGGCAGAUUACAUCUAUGACUGGGCAAGCAACGCUGCCCUCCCUUCGUCCAUCUUCGCGGAGACAAUCGAAGAGGCCAGUGAACGCAAGCUUGCCGCCAUUGCUGAAGAGAAGCAAAAGCUGACGCAAGCUAUCACCGUCAUUUCCGGACUGAACAAAGUGCACCCCAUUGGCAAAGCGGCCAACAUCCCUAAUAUUCUCGUUGCGCUUGCUAGCUUCACUUCGGAAGCCGAUCCCUGGUCCACCGAAGAAGCGCACCGGAUCUCAAUUGACAUCCUUCGAGGUUUCAGCGCGACCACGCGCUCCGAUGGCACUCUGUGGACGCAUCUCGAGACGGUCCUGAAGGAGAGGAUCCGACCUCUCUUCACCAAGACGAGGAACCCAGCCAUUACAGCAGAGGGCCGCAAGAACUUCCACCCUGUCCCUCUGGCCCGAUUCGACCUCACCACUCUGGACCCAGAAGCGAAGCCCUGGAAGGCGUUUGCCGUUUACUCAACCACAGUCUUUAGCUGGGCACUCGCUCAAUAUGACUCCACAUCGAUCACCCAACUAGAACGACAAUUCUCGCAACUCAUCCCGCCAAUCCUCGCGCUCAUCGACGACGAGACCCUGACCUCCAAGAUCCGCGGCUGCACCCUCCUCAGAGAACUCCUGCAACCCAUCCGCUACGUCCAAUCGGACAUCCUGCGGCGCACGAACCUCAGCUCCGUCUUCGAGGACGCCCUCCGGCCAUGCCUACUCUCCCUGCCGACCAUCACCCCGGAAGACGACUCCCUUCGCCUGUUGAGCACCGCCUACCCGGCCCUGCACGCGCUCCUCGAAACCAGCUACGCCACCGGCGGCGGCAGCAGCAGCAGCAGCAGCAGCAGCAAUAAACCCGAAUUCACCGCGGGCCUGACCAAAACCCUGCGCGACAACCUGAUCACCUCCUUCCACCACAUCAGCUCCACGAACCCAAUAACCUCCCCCUCCGCUUCCUCCGCACUGACCUCCUUCCCCCACCCCAGGCUCUCCACGCUCAUCCUCACCGAGAUCCAACGAACGACCACCGCCCUCGGCAUCGAGUCCACAAAAUACCUGCAGGAGACCAUCCCCCUGAUCUACAGCACCCUCACCAACCCGUUCGGGACCGCGCACCCGCCCCUCCUCUUCGCGGCGGUGGGCGUCGCCCGCGCCGUGAUCCUGAACGCCCACCCGCGCGUCUGGCGCUGGCGGACUGAGAUCCUGGGCGGGGUUUGCCCAUGCUGGUUGAAUGUCGUCGACGAGGAGCGGGAGAUCCGCGCCGCCGCCGGGGGGUCGACCACCAGGAGGUUAAAAAAUUCCCGGAGUCAUGCUCCCGAGAAUGAUGGACGGUUGAGGAUUUUGGGGAGGCUGAAGAACGAGCUGCAGGGCGUCGUCGCUCUGCUGCGGUUGGCAUUGGAAAAGCCCCUGCGGCCGGACACGCCGGAGCAGGAGGCCCUCGCGGCUGGUGACUUUGGUAAGGAGCUGGAGGAGCUCGUUGCGGCGGAGGAAGAGCUGCGUGGGCUGCUCUUCGCGGAAGUGGAUCCGUCAGAUGGGAGGUAUUUUGGGCAGGCGGAAGGAGAAGAAUGAUUCAGUCAAAUCUUGCGUCGUAUCGACUCAUCCCCCUUCGGCUGUCAAUAGGAGCGAGGCACUUUGUCGUUUGCUUAUGAUUUCAGAUUGAAAGUCCCGAGAUUAGGGUCAGGGCGAUGUGAUCCGAGUUUUGCCAGAGAGAUUGAGCUACUUGAAGUGAUGCUUCAAAUUUACGCCGAUUUUAAGUACAGCCAUCAUUGAG